GAGUGUGAGCUAGCAUAUCGGCGCAACAUUGACUUUGGCAUCGACUAAGCAACAAACGUACCAAACAGAUUCAGUCAAAAUUCAGCAUUUAAAACGAACACACGUGAAAUACUUUUAGAAAAACGGUCGCGAAUAAGACGCACGCUGCUCAGUCGUGACCCCGAAGCAUAUAUUAGACAGCUAAUCAGUGUUAUUAAUUAGUAUAAAUAAGAAAAAAAAUACCGCUCGAAAUUAUUAUUAUUUUUUUUGCCAUAUAUUUGAGGCUUUCGAUUGCUUUGCGCCUGUCGCUAAGCACCUACAAUAAUAACAAUAAAAAUACGUUGCUCACUAUAUAUUUGUGCCAUCUGUCUGAAAAGCUGCAAUCAAAAGUGAAAAUUCAAAGUGCAAAGUGAUUAAUUGUACCUACUUACAUACGUACAUACAUAUAGCAGCUGCUUUACAGCGGCGCACGUUUAAGUGUGUGAUUUUAUUAUUUUAAUUGAAUUGUCGCAACUAAUUUGCUUGGGAAAAUUUAUGAAUAUUUAUACGCGUGCACGUACAUAUAUAUGUUUGUAUUUGCUGUUGUGUUUUUGUUGUUUUUCAUGAGAGAUUAAAUAAAAAAAAACUGCUAGUGACUUAAUAACUGUACGAAUCGGAAAACCCAUAUUGAUUGCGGUGCAGCUGCUCGUUGCGAAAAAGUGCCAAGUGCAGAAUUUUAUCGAACGAAUUUGAAACGAAUUCGAAAUUUAUUUUUUAAGUGUUGAAAAAGUAUAAAUAUAAAAACAUAUAGGCAAAGGCAUUAAAAAAAAUAAUUGCUAUAUUCAUACACUAAAAAAAAACAAGAAAAAAAUUUAUUAUAUACAGAGUUCACAAGAGUACAAAGAAAACAAAAACAAAAGUGAAAAUUUUGACACUAUUUGCUAGAGCCACUGGUAGAAUUAAAACAAAAAUGUGCGUGUUUACGGCAAAUGAUGGCCAAAAAUGGCGGCUAAACCACCGAAGCCGCCAGCUACUUUUCUGAAGCAAAGUAGUCACAACAACAACGAAGCCGACAACGAUAACAACGGCAACAGCAACAGCAACAACAGUAAUCCUAGUACCUCGGCUGCCACUGCAGCAGCAACACCCACCACGCCUACCUCCGCCGCGACACACGCGGCCAACGCUGAGACAUACAGCAAACUGGGCAUAAAGCGUUACAAUAGUCGCGAAAAUCUACUCAACAACAUCGCCAACGAUUACAACUACAACGAAAACGACACCGAAACGAAAGGCAAUAGUUUGGAAGGAGCAGUUGCUGCCGCCGCCGCCGCACGUCCCGCUUGCAAUUGCACGAACAUAAGUAUUAUGCAUCUCUUUCAUGAGAUGAAGCAAGAGUUUCCGACCAUACCCGAUCCGAUUGUAGCGCAGUGUGUCAACGAUAAUUGCCAUCAACGUGAGAAUUGCAUACAGAUGUUGCGAAAUGAGUUGGCACUAAAUCCGAUACCAGUGCAAACGUACCCAGCGAAAGUAUUGCAACAACAUCACAUCAACAAUCAGCAACACAGCAAUCUGCAGCAGCAGCAAAAGCAGUUGCAACAACGGCAAAAGAGUCCACAACAACCAGCACAGACACCGCACACACCGCCACAACCGCCGCAACGCCUGAAAAACGCGUCGCCGCAAAAACCCGCGACGCCUUUACGUCCCAUACGCGCUGCGCCUACACAGCCGCCGUCCGUAGCGACGCUGCAGCGCAUACGUGCUGAAAACAAAAAUAGUGCCGUUACACCUCAAGCCAAUUGUGAUAGUGUUGAGUCAGUGCAAAAUAGCAGCAAUUUAGCAAAAGAUGUUAAUUGUGUUCAAUUAUCGUGCAAUAAUCAGUGUAAUAAUAGCAACAACAAUAGUGCUGCCGGUGAUUCGCCCAAACAAGCGUGUGAUAUGCCCGUGACCGCAACCGCGAACGCGUCUGUUGAUUGCGCGCGCUCCGCCGACUUUAUAACGGCGCUCAAUCGCAUUGCCGCGAAUCAUCAGCCCUCGACGCCGCAAGUGCCGGCCACAGGUGCGCGUGCACGCCCCAAUACGCUCAACUUGCAAGCAUCGCAGCAGCAACUGCAGCGCCAGCAGUUGAACAAACAACUGCAACAGCAUUUGCAGCAGCGCAGCCAGUUGAAACAACAACAACAACAGCCAGCGAGUGGCGCAGCCGCCGAACCACCGCUACAGAAGCCGAUACGCAAAGCGCCGUUGCCGCCGAUCGCGCCAAAGCCAGUAUUUCACAAUAAUAUCAACUACAGCAACAGCAGCAGCAACAACAACAACAACAAUAAUAGCGGUGGAAAUUCACCACAAUGGCAGAGCGUCGGCAGCUGCUCGAGCGAAUCGGCUUUGACGAGUCCGUUAAGCUCGUGCGGCGAAAGCGAAGUAUCUGCCAAUGCGGGAUGUUCGCCAUCACAAGCUUUUGCGCUCAGCCAUAUCAAUAACAAUCGGCAAAAUAAUAAUAUUAACAACAAUAACAACGUUGUUGCUCCCACUUAUCAGCCACAGCAAACAUCACCGCUGCGUUCGCCUAUACGCCAUCGCUCAGUUAUCACCGUACAGCCAGAGCCGCCAUACGCGCGCGAUUUUCUACCGUCCGCAAAAAUUAGCACCGUCGCAAAUUCCAACGCCGGUGGUAGUGGUGGCAGUACGCCAACAAGUCAGAAAAGUUUCACCUCCGUCAAUUUGACAUUACGUCAACCGACCAACGCUGUACCACAAUCGACCAUAGACAUCUCUGCCGGUCCGGUGUUGAGCGGCAAUGGCAGUGGUCUGACCUAUUCCAGUACAUCGUAUAAUGCACGUCACGGUUUUCAGCAAAAUUUCCAUAUAACAGUCACGGAGGAAGGCGGUGUAUUUAAUGCAAGUCGCAUACGCCCACGUAAUAAUAGUGGUUACUACGCCGGUAUUGAGGGUGUAAAUACAGCGGAGGGCCCAACGGGCGGCACGGGCCAAACAACGACUACGUCACAACAGCAACAACAACAAACGCCUACGACAAUAUUGCUUUCGCCAACAGCGCAAACAGCACAAUUUGUUGCGCCGCCAGCGCCACUAACAACGGCAAGCAGUGAGGACAUGUGUCUGCCAUUGGAGAAUAGUGCUUUCAUCGAGACCAUAAAGCGUCAGAAGGCGCGGCGUGACAAGUUGGCCUCGGCACUGCGGGAGAACAAAAAUAAGCUUGGCAAUGUCGAGGAAGAGGUCAAAAUGCUAACCGAACCCUUGAAUCCCGGCGAAUCUGAGAGACUGGAUUAUGAAAUAGAAAGAUUACGCACUGACUGUCAACAAACAUUGAAUGAAAUCGAAAAUAUCAGACGUUACGGUCAGCUAAGCGAAGACGAGCGACUGAAACAACAACAGCAGCAACAGCAACAACAACAAGCAUUCCCACGGUGGCAACGGCCACCACGACCGCCACCACCACAACAACAACCGCAAAGUCCCUACCAACAAUACCAGCCAACUGAAGUAGAUUUCCAACAGCAACAAUACAACACACCUGGCAGUGUCGGUAGCACUGCUGGCAUUGUUGGUGUUAUUGGUAGUGGACAUAGUAGCGCUGUAGGCACACCCAACUCACCACGCUUGCAGCAAACGCCACCAACGCAACGCGUAAAUUAUGUCGGCCAAUCGCCACCAUAUCAGCUGCCAUCUACGGACGAGGAGGACUACUCCGAUUCGAAUACGGAUGGCGGUGACGACUAUGAACCGCUCGAACGCUGGCCCUGCUCCAUGUGUACAUUCCUCAAUCAUCCACAGCUGAACAUAUGCGAGGCGUGCGAAUGUGUGCGCAUUAUACCCGGUACGAUACGCAUUGUGCCCACAGCUGGUGGCAGCGGCAACGCAGCAGCAGCAGCCGCAGUCAUGCCACAGUCGCUGCCUGCAGCAACGACAGCCGGUGGCGCAUCGGCGACUGCAGCUGCUGCGGCGGCGGCCUUGACCGCUGCGACUCCAACUGCAAUAGCGCAUGGCGCGAGCACCGCAUCAGCGGGCAAUUCGCCAACUUCGGCUGCACGCACCGUAGCUGCGGAAUAACACUGAAUGGCUUGCAUGGCGUUUUUAUUAUUAUUAAAUGUCUCUUUUUUUAAUUAAUGUUAUGUGUUGCGUACUUUUUAUGAACACAAUGCUAAAUUAUUACUUAGCCACUAAGUUUGUAUGUAUUUACAUAUAUAUAUUUUAUGCUAAUCUAUAAACCAAAUGCAUUAGUUACUUGUUUACUUGUAUAUAAGGCCGUUACAAUUAAGCACAGUUUUAUGCGUUUAA